AAUGAGGAGGAGGAGGAGGAAGAAGAUGGCGAUGAGGAGGAUGAUGAGGAUGAGGAUGAUGAAGAUGAUGAGGAAGAUGAUGAGGGCGGUGAGGACGAUGAGGAUGAGGAUGAUGACAAUGAGUUUGAUGAGGAUGAUGAUAAUGGUGAUGACAUUGCAAAAACUGAAGAUGAUAAAGACUCCGUUAACGACGACAACAAAAUCGAGGAUGAUCACAAGGACGAUGGACAAGAAACCGUCGAUGGCGAUCAGCUGAAAAGUGAACUCGAGGAGGGUGGACACGGGGACGACCAGGACGGGCUGGCGUCAAGUGCAGAGGGAGCCGCCUCUGCUGAAGCCACCGAGGGAGCGCAGCCGGCGGCCCCGGAGAGCGGCUCUGCGCCGUCUCAGCCGCCCUCUGAUGAUGCUGCUGAUGCUGCUGCUGCUGCUGAUGCUGCUGCUGUUGCUGCUGCUGAGGUGACAGACGGCGAGAGUGGUGUCGCCAGUGACGCCAGUGAUAGUGAUCAGGACACCAACAGUGACUCGCGAUGAAUUUUACCAGUACCAAGCUGUUCUAUCGUCUGUUUUUCUUUCUGAGGCUAUUUUUUUAUACAUACUCUUCUGAAGGCUGGGUAUACUACAGGCUAUUUUGAUGUGUUCUAUUGUCUACAUUUGCAUGUUUUGUUUGCUCUAUUUAAUACACGUACCAGGGUACCUA